AUGUCUACACUUCCGUCUUCUACUGUUCGCCGUGUCGGCAGUGCCUGGGAUAGUUCCUCCAAACCGAGUCCUGCCGGAAUGCUCAUCCACAAAAACCAGAAGGGCAAAAUUCUGGGGAGGGAGAAGAUAUAUCCUAACCACGAGAUUGUGAUUGGUCGUGACAAUGAUCGCUGUCAAUAUGUGCUCAACGACCCCUACAUCUCGAAGCGGCACCUAAGAGUCUAUACCGUGGUCUACGAGAAUGACGAGCCUUGCGAAAUUGACACGCUGGUCUAUGCAGAAGACCUGUCUCAGAAUGGUACCUAUUGGAACGGAUCUCUCAUAGGAAAAGGCAAUAGGGGCUUUCUUCUGAGUGACAAUGAUGUCUUGCGACUGAGCCGUCAAACAUACCUCAUCUUCAGCGCCACCUCCAGUGGAGCGGCAAAAGAGAACUUUGAUCAUACACAGGAGGCCGAAAUGGCAAAAUUCGGCAAAGACUAUGUUCUCACCGACAGGCUUCUCGGCGCAGGCACCUUUGGUCGAGUAUACAUGGCAAUUGAACAGAUAGCUCGGCGCCAGGUUGCGUGCAAAGUUGUUGACCUACGAAAACUCGGCCCUCGACCGCUGCUCCUAUUUGGACGGCCAGAGGAACCCGCUCCAGCUGAAGAAGUCGAUAGCGUAGCCCAAAAACGCAAGCUCAAGGCAUGGGUCGACCAGCGAAAAAGAGAGAACGCCUUGGAGAGAAAGAUAUGCGCAUACUAUCGUGAGGUGGAAAUCCUUACCUCGAUUAGCCACCCGAACAUUGUCGGCAUCGAAAAGGUGUACAUUACUGACAACACGAUAUACAUCAUGCAAGAUCUCGUUAGCGCCGGUGACCUAUUUUCCUACAUCGAGCUGAGGAAAGGGAAGCUGCUUGAAGUCGAGGCGGCUGUCAUCGUUCGACAGAUCUUGGUGGCCUUGCGUUUUCUUCACAACAAAAACAUCGUCCAUCGAGAUAUCAAACCCGACAAUGUUCUCAUGUCGAGCCAGGCCGCGGGAUGUCGAGUUAUAUUGACGGAUUUUGGUGCAGCUCGGAGAAUUGAGAGCAAGAUGCACCGAAUGUCGUCCAUUAUAGGAACACACGAAUACGCAGCGCCCGAGAUACUGGGAUAUGCGCGAAGCAACCUGGAGCCCGAGAGAUCGGGUUAUACUCGAUCUGUGGACAUGUGGGCGGUUGGCUGUCUCUCGGUCGUGUUGCUCACAGGGGGUCUGGCUUUCUCCGAUCCUCUUACAAACACGUAUUCGGAAAAGCUGGCCCGAGAUUGUAACCUGAAAUUUCUUCACCAGUCAACAGAAUGGCAGGCGGUGAGACAACGGCCGAGGGAGUUCGUUGAGCGGCUCUUGGUGCUCGAUGAGGACGCCCGAAUGACAGCGGAAGAUGCUCUCGCCCACUCUUGGUUCUCCAAUGAAGUGCACAAGAACGACUUUGAGGAUUUGUAUCAACGCACAAUCAGAGACUGGCGACCGCGAACCCCAAAGUUUCAAGUGGUUGAAUUUCGGGACAGCGGGUCUAUUCGGAAGUUGCUGAGCUCAUUAGGUCUUCGAGAUUCGACCAAGCGCAGCAGUUCCAGACCACCUUCUCCAAUCGAGCCGCCUUACAAGCCUUUUCCGAGAAACAUGCAUCUUGGGUUAUGGCCAAGAAGGGAUCCACACGAAAGACUGUCGGAGGAAGUAUUAUCUGCCAUUAAGAAAUGGUCACCACGAUCCGCAGAGUCAUUGCGCAUGCGAGUGGGAGGCAAAUCUUCAGGGGCUACGCUCCCGACAUCACAGUCCUCGGAUCCAGGAACAACGAGCGUCUCCAGGAAACCCAGAGCUGCUUCAGAGCCUCCUCGAAACAGACACUUAGGAAGCUGUCAGAGGACUUCCGUUGGCAAGGAAUCUAAGGCGGUCACACCAGCUCGCUCUGGGAUCAACGAGUCGUUUUCGAGAACAGCUACCUCGAAAGAUCGUCAAACCCCGGAGGGCGUGCGUUCGAGGUUCCCCUUUUCUACGAUAUCGAGUUCACCAGAGGCUGCUAUCCAGGACGGCCUUUCUGGCUCUCAUUUCAAAUCCUUUGGCGAGCUCAGCGCAAACAACGUGCCAUCUGAGUUUGUUAUCCCGAGAAACCUUGGCAAUAUGUUAAGUGACAAUCAGAGCUCGAUCAAUAUCAAAAGUGACGACGACUCAAAUCCGGCUUGCAACAUAGCAACGACACCACGUGAACAAGGCAAGCUCAAACGCCGCGUGUCUAUAACACAGGCAAACCUAAACGCCUCGAAAAAGAAGAAGCACCGCCGUGGAUCCAUCUUCGAGCUCGCCGAAGACUGCGGCACGGAAGACGUGUCAGUGCCGACCGGCCUGAGCAGUCGAAAGUCGAUCUUCGACUUAGCCAACGAUGAUGGCGAAAACGAGAAUCAAGGCCGUCCGAGAGUCGACCAUGGUAGUCCUCGUGUGCAGAGACUGCCUCUGCUCGUCCAUCGGCCGAAGAAACCAGCCUUAGCGGAAGUCCGUCAACCACCAUGUGCAUCAAAGCUCUAUCUCCCGCGCUAA